AUGAGACUCGAGAGCUCAGAACUUUACACCAUAGGGUGGAUAACUGCUCUUCACAUAGAACGUGCGGCGGCUACUGCGUUCCUAGACGAUUUCCACGAGUCGCCAGAAAGGUUUGAGCAGAACGCUUCAGACCAGAAUUCAUAUACCUGGGGUCGAAUGGGCAAGCACAAUAUCGUCAUUGUCUCACUUCCUGAAGGUACUGACGGGACCGCUGCUGCUGCGACUACGACCUCGAAACUCCUCUCGUCUCUCCCUCAGAUCCGAAUCGGUCUUCUAGUGGGAAUCGGUGGUGGCGUAGCUCAACCUCACAAAGGACAGGAUAUCCGGCUUGGGGACAUCGUCGUCGGCAAACCUGAAGGAAAAUACGGAGGGGUCGUCCAGUAUGAUCAUGGCAAAGCACUGCGAGGGCCGGCAUGGCAGCGUAAAGGAAUGUUGAAUAAGCCCCCUGCUGUGCUCCUCUAUGCGUUAUCUCACCUGAAAGCACAACAUGAAAUGCAUGGAUCGGACAUUCCCCGUUUGCUCGACGAACUCUGGAAGUCAACCCCUAGGAUGAAGAAUGGGACGAACGACAGCCCAGGAUACGUCCAUCAAGGAUUUGAGCAUGACCGGUUGUUUCAGUCCACUUAUAAUCAUGUUCCAGGCAGCACGUGCAAAGAUUGCGACCAAUCUCAGGAGAUUAAGCGCGUUGAAAGAGAAGAUGCUGACCCGAGAAUUCACUACGGGCUUAUUGCUUCAGGGAAUACAGUAGUCAAAGAUGCUGUUUUCAGGGAUGAAAUUUCCGAGGUUAUUGGGCAGGGCUGCAUGUGCUUUGAGAUGGAAGCUGCCGGUCUCAUGGAUAGCUUUCCCUGCCUUGUGAUACGAGGCAUUUGCGACUACGCUGACUCGCACAAGAACGACCGGUGGCAGAGAUAUGCUGCUGCGACGGCGGCUGCGUUUGCAAAGGAGUUGCUCGGCUACGUUCCAACUGCGCAGCUCAACGCAACACAGCGAGCUAUUGAAUUGCUUAGUUCAAUCGAUGGUAGUGUGAAAAAUAUCGAGUCCUGUUCGAGGCAAACAAACGAAAAUGUCAAAAUGGCUUUAGACGAUGUCCAUGAAAGCAAUCAAAAGCAGUUGCUUGAUAGACUCCCCGUUGUUGAAGAUGCUGCCUUUGACUCGCAUGCCGAGGAACACAACAGUACUUGUCUGAAAGAUACACGGGUCGAUGUUCUGCAAAAUAUAGACACAUGGGCUGUUUCAUCAGGCACACAGCAGAUAUUCUGGCUGAGUGGUAUGGCAGGUACCGGCAAGUCUACCAUAGCACGCACUAUUGCCAGGUUAUUCGCCGCGAAAGGUAUUCUUGGCGCUAGCUUCUUCUUCAAAAGAGGCGAAGGUGAUCGGGGCAAUUCAUCGAAGGUUAUUACGACAAUUGCAGCUCAAGUGGCAGAAAGAUACCCAGCCAUAUCCCCUCAGGUUGCGAAAGCUCUUGAGAAUGACUCCAGGAUUGUUCACAAGGCAUUACGAGAGCAGUUCCAGGAACUUAUCCUGAAACCUCUACAAGCAAAUUCACAGCACGUUGGGAAGAACUCCGACCCUAUUGUCAUCGUCAUCGACGCCCUAGAUGAGUGUGAUUCAGCUGAUGAUAUUGAGCUUCUUAUCUUUCUCUUUUCUCGCACUGAGGGUUUACAAUCCGUGCGGCUGAAGACUUUCGUUACCAGCCGCCCCGAGUUAUCGACUCGUCAAACGUUUAGCCAAAUGUCUGGCAAAUACAACGAUUUGAUAUUGCAUACUAUCCCACUGCCAGUAGUGGAGAAUGAUAUAUCUCUUUUUCUCUAUCACGAGAUCAAGGAAAUCCGAGAAAAAUAUAAUGCUUUAGUAUCAAAUCACCGCUGCUUGGCCACGAACUGGCCAGGCCAAUCUACCGUCCGGACACUUAUCAAAAUGGCAGUCCCGCUGUUCAUAUUCGCUGCUACAAUUUGUCGCUUCCUUAAUGACCGUAGAUGCGGGAAUCCAGAUAAACAGCUCGAAGAAAUUCUUCGUUUCGAAACACGAAGCCAAGAGUCACAACUAGAUGCAACAUACUUGCCUGUUCUGGAUCAGCUGUGGAAUGGGCUUUCCAAAAAGCAGAGAAAGAACAUGCUCGAGCAAUUCCGGCUCAUUAUUGGAUCUAUUAUCAACCUCGCAAGUCCCUUGUCGAUUUCCUCUCUAAGUGCACUCCUUGACGUCCCGAGAGCGGACAUCAAUGACAAAUUAGACCUGUUGCAUUCCGUCUUAAGCGUUCCAUCGUCACAAGAUAAGCCUGUAAGGCUGCUGCACCUGUCCUUCCGCGACUUCCUGCUAGACCCUGAUAAGCAGAAUAGGAAUGACUUUUGGGUCAAUGAGAAGCAAGCCCAUAGUGUGAUUGCGAAAAACUGCCUUCGCGUAAUGGAUUGCCUUCGACAAGAUAUUUGCGAUAUAAAAGAUGUCGGUACGCACCAGUUUACAAUCAGUCGACGGAGAAUAGAUGAUUGCCUUGCUUCAGAGGUCCAGUAUGCUUGCCAAUACUGGGUACAUCAUACCCAAGAAGCGGGAACAUACGCCCCCGAUAGUGGAAUAGUGUAUCGAUUUCUCACUCAGCACUUUCUCCAUUGGCUGGAGGCUUUAAGUCUUCUGGGCAAGGUAUCGGGAAGUAUCGACUUUUUAAAUGUAUUGAAAUCGGUCUUCAAGGCAAGUAAGCCAAGUAAGAACCCUGGUAUGCGACGCAGCUAA